AUGGAUCAUAUACUAUGGGAGUGUACAUUUAACACAAAUAUAUGGCAUUGGUUGGGAGGAAUCUUCUGUUUUCUUAAUCCUUCAUCAUUUGAGGAUGUCCUGAAAUUUGCUAAGGGUAAAAGUAGUGCAAUUCAAGAAGUAUGGUAUAACUGUGCAUUCAAGGGUAACCAUGGGAAUGCAGGACUGGGAUUUGUGGCAAGAAAUGACAAAGGUGGAUGCCUGGGAGCAUGUUCUGGUGGUUUGGGGAUAGCAACAAAUUAUCUGGCAGAGUUAAUGGCUUUGGUGGUUGCUGGUGAAUGGGCUGUGAAGAAAAGGUAUGGGAAUAUAUGUUUCAGUCUUGAUUCUAAAGCAGUGUUGUUAGCUUUCAGCAAUGGUAGAAAACCUUGGAUUGUUGUGAAUAUAUGGAACAAUAUUAGAAAACAUAUAUCAAGAAUCACAUUCAUCCACUCAUAUAGGGAGAUAAAUUUUUCUGCUGACAAAAUGCCUAAACAGGGUGUACUUCUUGCAAGAGGAACAAUUAUAUAUUAUGAAGACAAGCCAAAUUUUCUGAAUCAGUUGGAGAGUGAAGAUGGGUAG